UUUAUCUUGACGCAAGCUAUAUGUGUUUCUAAUGGUGUUUACCUGCGACAUUUGGUUUUCGUGAUACAAUCUCGAGACCGAUUAGUAGCUGAACGUUAGCAACAGUGGGAUUAAAACGACUUUUAGUGUCGAAACCACUGACAAAUUAACUGGUUGGGUCAAUUGGGAUGUCGCAGUUAUUUCAACGCUAAUAAAGUGAACAGCCUAUUGUCAUCUAGUCUGAAGACUUACUCCAACGAUAGUCCCAGCAUUCUACAACAGUAAGAUGUCUUCAAAGAUUGUUCAAGACGCAGUUCAUGGUGUAAUAGAGCUGGAGUCACUAGCUGUUCAGUUGAUCGAUUCCCCUGAAUUUCAGCGUCUUCGAGAAAUAAAGCAGUUAGGUAUUGCUUAUUUUGUUUUCCCAAGUUGUCAACAUUCGCGAUUUGAACAUUCGAUCGGUACUUAUCAUAUGGCCAAAAAGUUGCUUGAGACUAUUCACAAUGAUAAAAAUUACUCAGGUCCAACUUUGAGCUACUCAGAACAGUUAGCCAUUAGAAUUGCUGCCUUAUGCCAUGAUUUAGGUCAUGGACCUUUUUCUCAUUUAUGGGAAGAGUUCGUUAAAAGGGGCGGGUCAGAAUAUAGUGAAUAUAAUCAUGAAACAGUUAGUGGACAUGUACUUUAUCAAAUUAUUUGUUCAAAAUCUACCUUACAAAGUGAAUUAAAUAAUCUUGGCGUUGAUACGAAUCUCAUACGUAGCCUGAUACUAGGUGAUGCUGGUACUGUAUUAUCACAACGGGAUUCAUUGAAGAAUAAACCUUUUAUUUAUGAGAUUCUCUCCAAUAGUUUAAAUGGUAUGGAUGUUGACAAAUGGGAUUAUCUACUUCGAGAUUGUCUGCAUGCUGGUUUAGGGGCUAGUGGAACUAGUGUGGAUAUUGAUAGAUUUUUAAGAUUCUACCGACCUUUUUUACACACUGAUAAAGACAAAGGUGAUGAAAAUGAGUCAAAAUGUUGGCAUUUAUCAUUUAGAGAUACAGAAUUGGAAAAUUUGCUUCGAACAUUUAGUUUACGACAGCAUCUUCAUCAAAAAGUUUAUCAACAUAAAACAGUGACGGCUAUUUCUGCUAUGAUUAUUGAUGCUCUUGAAUUAAUAGAACCUGUGCUUAAUCUUCGAUCUAUUAGCAUGGAGGCAUUCAAAUGUCAAAAUCCAGAUAGUUUGAAUGAUUUUCUUAAACUUCAUGACUCACUUUUAUGGGAUAUUUUUUAUGGACGAGGAUCAUUAUCAAAAGUUACUUCGAAAGAUUUUCUUCCUCGAAUUCAACAAGCUCAGUCUCUAAUACGUCGUAUUUUAAGUCGAGAUCUGUAUACCUAUAUUGAUAGUAUAUAUGAAAUGACAUACUAUGCACCGAUUGUUGAAAAUAAUAGUUAUCCGCAUUCUUUCAAUUCUAAAAAGUCCCCUGAUUUGAUCAAUGAAAUAGCAACUGAAUCACUAACAUUGCGAUCAAUGGGGUUAGGACUUGGUCCUAGAAAAAGUUUAUGCUAUGAACCAAUUUCACCUUAUUAUAGGACAUUCGGAGUGACCUCUAAUAAUAAAGGAAAACAUUCCAAAGAAUCCAUUCUUACUGGAAUAUUCAGGAGACUUCCUCAGGACUCUGGGAUCCAAGAUAUAGAUGAUUUAUUGGUAACAGAAUCUAGGUUCUCUUCAAAUAGUACUCUCAAAUCUCCCAGAUUUUACUUUUAUACACGUUCAGGGAACACUUUUACCUACAGCGAACCGGUAAGUAUAAAUAUUUAUUAUAUUUCAGGGCUUGCACAAAAACUGAGGAUUGUCCACGUAAUAUGCACUCCUCAAUUUAUUAGUGGUCUCUUAUAAAAUGUUAUUCCACAUUCCAGAGCUUACUAGGAUCAUCGUCAGCCAAUUGGAAAUCUAGGGUACCUGAAAUAUCUUGAAUAUGAAAUAAGCUAUGAAACAUCACUUAUGAGACCCUUCCCAUUGAGCAAGUACAUUUCCAGUCUCAUUAAAUACAGUACUGAAUUAUCAAACCGGACUUUAAUAAUAAAUGCAGUCUUAUUGGAUAUUGUCUACAACUUAAGGACAUAUAUCUAUAACGCAAUUAUGAGAUCUCUAUAUAAGGAUACAUCAUCCAUAAAAUUUACAGCAAGCGCAAUAAUAGCUGAUGGAAAAUCGCAAAUAUUGGUUAGGUACUGAUCGGUUGCUUUCAGAUACUAACUAUUUAUAAGAGUUGGGAACCGAAUGCUUCAUAAUACACUGCAUUUAUUUUGGAGUUUUAGUUACGUGUUAUACGAGCAUAUCGUCUUUAUUGGCGCAGGAGUAAUUCUUCUUUAAAAUCUGCGAUAUCCCGCCCUGUGACAUGCUUAACGGAAGCAUUUAACCGAUGGCAUCAGGAUAUGAUUGAAGAUAUACAUGGUGGUGAAAGUGAUCAAUACGUUAAUUGCAAAUAGAUAUUACGAGCGAUAGAACAAUAAAAUCACACUGUUUUACACACUUAUUCACUAUAAUUCAUUUAUUUUGAUUGUUGCCAAAAUUGUGGUUACAGUAGUUAUCAUUCAUAUCACAUUGCUUCACAAAAUAUUAAAUUUGUAAAUACUUAAACUGAACUACGAAAUACAUUUUACGGAAAGCUAAACUCUGUUCUUGUAAAUACAACUAUGGUUAACACAGUGAAUUCUAGUCACUAUUCGUCAGUAGAUUGUUUCAAUAAAGCCAAACUACUUCUAAGUACUAUCAUGAGUGUUGAUGUAUAAAAUGUAAUUUUCGGGGAACUUGUUAUAAACAUUAUUUCUAAGGGUAAUUCCAGUCUACAAAACAAAUGUAAGGUUUCUUAUUGAUCUAUCAAUCGGCAGAUUUAGAUGUCUUUGAAUAUACAUUAAUUUCAAAUAGACUAUUUCGAUUUCCCAAAAUUUCUAAUCCAAAACUGAAAUCAAGAAACACAAAUUUCCGUCAAUCUCUUGAUUAAUUUCACUUCAUACUCUUUUAUUCAGAUGAUUGAAAUAGGUGGUAACUAAUAUCUUAUCUGGUAAGCUGUAGAACUGUCAAUCGUAUAUUUUAUAGAGUGAAUCUUCGUCAUUUAAGUGGUGUUUUAGUUAAAAAUCCAUCCAUCUUAAGCUUUAUCCACAUCAUCAUAUCCGAUUACAACAUAAUCCCCAUACCAACGAUUUAUUUUCAAUACUUAUUUUCAAUACUUAUUUUCAAUA